AUGCCGGCACAGCCAGUGCCCGGUGCCCAGGAACAGGAGCAGCUCGGCACUGUCAAGCUGGAAGAGGAAGAGGGGGCUGGCCAGGAGACUCUCAGGAGAUCUGAGGCCAGGCCUCGGCCCGAGGUGGCCCACCAGCUAUUCAGAUGCUUCCAGUACCAAGAGGACAUGGGGCCUCGAGCAUCCCUGAGCCGCCUCCGGGAGCUGUGCAGCCACUGGUUGCAGCCGUCUUUGCACACCAAACAGCAGAUCUUGGAGCUUCUGGUGUUGGAGCAGUUCCUGAGUGUGCUGCCUCCGCACCUGCUGGGCCGCCUGCAGGGCCAGGUGCUCAGAGAUGGUGAGGAGGUGGUUCUGCUGCUGGAGGGAGUACCCAGAGACACGAGCCACGCGGGGCCACUGGAUUUCAGUUUCAGUGCUGCCAAGAAUUGUCCUGUUGCCGACACAACCCUGGAGAAAUGUGAAGGCCCUUCCCAGGGCCCCAGCCACAGCCCCAAAAGGGAACUGCCCUCCCAAGAGCCUCCAGUUUUGAAUCCAUUGAAUGAAUUACCUCCAUCUCAGCCAGCACCCACCAGGACUGCUGAACCUAGGCAGUGGAGAUUUGACCCAAGUUCAAGGCAGCUGCUUAACGCAGAGCCCCAGAAGACAUUCCAGAACCUGCAGGAAAGCAGUGAGGAGCUGGGUUCCUCAUGGCUGGAGGAGAAUUCCAGAGACCAGGAACUGGCCGCUGUACUGGAGUCCCUGACCUUUGAGGAUGUUUCAGAGAAGACGGCUUGGCCUGUGCACCCCCUUGGUCUUGGAAGCAAAAUAGCAGACAGGGAGAAACUUAAACUAGAAGAACCCACAGAGGCUGCCUGGCCCACCAUCGUCUCAGUAGAGUCCCGGGCAGAUACCCCUAGGGUGCCAGGAGAGCCUCUUCAAGAGGGCAGCGGUGCUGAUGGAGGGGAGAACCCUCCUGAGAGCAGUGAAGCUCCCAAGGAAAAGGUGGCCGCUGGUGCCCAGUUCAUAUGCACCGAGUGCGGGGUGAGCUUCCAGCAACUGUCCCGCCUGCAGGCACACCAGCUGAGGUCUCACCCGAACUCCCGCUCUUUCGUGUGCAUGUGCUGUGGGAAGAGAUUUGGGCGCAGCUCCAUCCUCAAGCUGCACUUGCGCACGCACACAGGCGAGCGGCCUCACGCCUGUCACCUGUGCAGCCAGCGCUUCCGCCAGCGGUCACACCUGGCCAAGCACCUGCAGACGCAUUCCUCGGAGCCCGCCUUCCGAUGCGCCGAGUGCGGCCAGGGCUUCCAGCGGCGCCCCAGCCUCGUGCAGCACCUGCUGGAGCACGCGCAGGCGCAAAAGGACGCGGGCGCCCCCGAGGGCCCCAGCGCAGCGGCCCCGCCUCCGGGAGACGCGACCACGGUCCUGUGCUCCCACUGCGGGCUGACCUUCCAGAGCCGCUCGAGCCUCAAGCGUCACCUGCGGACGCACGGCAAGGCCAAGAAGCACCGCUCCUCCCCGCAGGACCCGGGCGGCCCGGCGGCGAAGACGCGCCGCGACAGCAAGCCCUACAAGUGCGGGGACUGCGCCAAGGCGUUCCGGCGCAGCGAGCACCUGGCGGCCCACCAGCGCGUGCACACGGGCGAGCGGCCCUUCUCCUGCCAGGUGUGCGGCCGCUGCUUCACGCAGAGCUCGCAGCUGGCCAGCCACCAGCAGGUGCACACGGGCGAGAAGCCCCACGCGUGCCCGCAGUGCGGGAAGCGCUUCGUGCGGCGCGCCGGCCUCGCGCGCCACCUGCUGACCCACGGCGGGCCGCGCCCCUACCACUGCGCGCAGUGCGGCAAGAGCUUCAGCCAGAUGCAGGACCUGGCGCGCCACCUGCGCAGCCACACCGGCGAGAAGCCCUGCCGGUGCAGCGAGUGCGGCGAGGGCUUCAGCCAGAGCGCCCACCUGGCGCGCCACCAGCGCAUCCACACGGGCGAGAAACCGCACGCCUGCGACACCUGCGGCCACCGCUUCCGGAACAGCUCCAACCUGGUGCGACACCGCCGCAGCCACACCGGAGAGAGGCCCUACGGCUGUCCAACCUGCGGCCGCAGCUUCCGGCGCAACGCCCACCUGCAGCGCCACCUGGUCACGCACUCGCGGCCGGAGCAAGAGGUGGAGCCGCCCCAGGAGUGUCCCGAGUGUGGCAAGAGCUUCAGUCGCGGCUGCAACCUGCUGCGGCACCUGCUGGUGCACACGGGGGCCAGGCCCUACUCCUGCGCGCAGUGCGGCCGCGGCUUCAGCCGCAAUUCGCACCUGCUGCGCCACCUGCGGACCCACGCGCGAGAGACAGUGUACUAG